ACUGCAGGAUUAUUUAUGGUCAUGCAUCUAAUUCACUACUAAAUUAAUCUUACACGACAGAUAUUCUCCCAAUCAUGUAAUCAAAUAAUCUAAGCAUAAUUAUUUUCUAUAACCAGUCAAUAAUUAUGCCUAUUAGUUUUAAAUUGAAUUAGGUGCCAAUAAUGAGAAAAAAUGAUUCAUAAAUCAUACUAACUCCGUCGAAGAUUAAAAAAAAUUGUAAGAAAAAGAACAGCUAGUGUUAUCCGACAGGGAACACGUCGUUCACGUUACAGCAUGGCAAAGUAUCUUUUUUACAAUAGACACCCUUAUUUAUUCUGUGUAAUGACUACAUUAGUUUUGGUCAACGGCCAUUAAACUUUGUGUCCGCACGUCGUUUGUAAUAAUAUCUUUUCUCAUUUUAAUUUCGCUAUAAAAAGCCAUUUACUAUUUUCGCUGGAUCUGCGGAAAAAUCUUGUGAAGAGUUUUUGAUCUGUGCCUCAGGAAAAAGUUUCAAGGUGCACAGCAACUUCCUCUCGUCUCUUCCUCCUCAUUUUCUGCGACUAACCAAGGGACAUCUCUUUCCAUUUUCGCAGACUAGGAGUUGGAGGAAUGAUAGGUUUGUCAACAGAGAGCAGUCACAUGGUGGUCAAUGUAGAUGGACUGAUGCCACCGGUGCCAUCGCCGCCAGUUAAUGCGGAGGUCGAGAAUAUAAGAGAAGAGUCGACGGUGGUGGUUAAUGAUAAGGCAAUUGAUAUUUCAGAGGACGAAGAGGAUCAGGAGAAUGAGCCGCUCAUUGCUUCUGCGGAAUGCCGUAUUUGUCAAGACGAAUGCCCUAUCAAGACUCUCGAGAGCCCUUGUGCUUGCAGUGGCAGCCUCAAGUAUGCUCACAGAAAAUGUGUUCAGCGUUGGUGCAAUGAAAAGGGAAACAUCAUAUGCGAAAUUUGCCAUCAGCCUUACCAACCUGGAUACACCGCUCCACCACCUCCUCCUCAGCCUGAAGAAACCACUAUUGACAUUGGUGGAGGAUGGACAAUCUCAGGUUUGGAUUUGCAUGAUCCUCGCCUUCUUCCCAUCGCAGAAGCUGAACGUCGCUAUUUAGAGUCUGAAUACGUUGAAUAUACUGCUUCAAGUGCCAGUGGAGCUGCCUUUUGUCGCUCAGCUGCCCUAAUAUUGAUGGCACUUCUUCUCUUACGUCAUGCACUGACCAUAACAAGCGAUGAUGGAGAAGACGAGGAUGACCCAUCUAACAUACUAUCUCUCGUCUUGCUCCGAGCUGCUGGAUUUCUUCUUCCUUGCUAUAUCAUGGCUUGGGCGAUCAGUAUCCUACAACACCGAAGGCAAAGACAGGAAGCUGCAGCUUUGGCUACACAGUUUGCAUUGGUGCUUCAGUCAGGUCAACCUAGAACAGUUCACUUCACGGUGGCACCAGAACCACCAUCACCCUCCAUGGCUACUGCAACUACGUCUACACAACAACCUGAAGAGCCCGUCUGAUUCUUCUGACUCAUAAGCUUUCAUGGUACCAAGUGAAUCGAGUGGAGACUUGAUGUCUCUAAAUUUUAGAAUGUAUGAGUGAAGGAAAAUCAUUUGGGCUGUAACCAAAAAUGUCACUAGUUUUUUUUCACAAAUUUGUAAAUUCUGUUUUACUAUCUUCCAAAUAUUGUCUUGAGAUUUAAUUGUUGAAACCACACGAGUAGAUUAUUCUCUCUUGUUUUGGACAUGAUUACAGAAGAUUCUAUGACUUUAAAUAAACAAAACUUUAUUGACAUAGUAGUGUAAGAAUUAGAGAAUCAGAUCUUUUGCAACAUGGCAUCAUCACAAGAUUCACAACAGCAGUUACAAGUCAUAAGAGGUGGAGUUAAAUGCAAAACCUGGUCUAUCUUUUUUUUUCUCAAUCCAAGCUAAUCUUCUCUCAAAGCAUAACACACCUCUAUGCAUAUUCUUAGCAUCAAUCUCAGCGACCCGCAAAAGAAUGUACGUAGUAAUCCACAUGAGUCGGUAUGUAACAGAACAUAUCGUCCCUCAUCUCUGUUACUGGUCUUGUGAUCGCUCUCUCCUUUGAUUUUGAUUCUCUGGUGACAAAUCUCCUCGCUCUGAAAAAAGAUUGAAUCUACAAAGUUAUAAGUUAUAAAGAAUAACCGUGGUUUACGAAUUUGUUUGAAUGUUUUGAAUAAUCUGUAAAUAAAUGAAAAUUUCUUCAUUGCAAGUAUCUUAAAUAGUAUCACCGCCUUUUGUUUGUGUAUGUAAGUAUAUUCUAGCAGUGAAGGUUUCAUUCCAAACAUUUCAAUCUCUAAUUCAAUUCUGUAACUUGUAACGCUCUGACCCCUGCUAAUGGGUAACCAUGCUUGCUCACUCAGUCACUCCCAUGGGCACACUCCCGGCCGAUGGUUGGUGUGUAUAAUUUAUAGAAAUUUGAAAAAAAAAAAUAUUUAUUUACCUCGUAAUUUUUCCAUGUUUGGUUUUAUUAGCAUGCUAUCAUGAACUAUUUUUUCAUAUGUUACUCAUCUUUUUACUUUCAAACACGAUUAAUUUUAGAUUUUUUGAAUAUAUAAUCAAAAAGAUAGGUGUAUUCUAGUGAUAUUUAUAUUCAAAUCAAAUCUUUCAAUAUCAUUUACCACAAAUCGAAAUAUUACAUGAACAUUAUUACAUCUUGCUAAUAAUUCAUGGAUGAUAACAAUACCAUUUAUAUGCGAUUUCAGAACCCUUACAGAGCUUUCAAAAACGUAAAAAUAUUAAAGCAAUUAAGAUGAGUUUAAACCCUAUAUUAAGCUUUAUUUUUAUCAAGGGAGUAAGAGUUUUGGAAUGUAGUAUAAGAGUUUUCUAUUUGUGUUGGACGUGAAAAGUAGCUUGUGUUUGAAGAUGAGAAUCAAACACGUAAACUGUGGGGGCAAGCUUAAAAUGCUGCCAUUCAUAUGUGAGCUAUAAUAUGACUAAUCAGCAUAUUUUUAUUAACCAGCAUAUUGGCCAUUGGAGGUUUUUGACGAGAAGGGAGACAAUUAGGUCAUUGGAAUCUCUCUGAGCUUCGAGAUCGACACAAACCUUGGGGAGAAGGAGAAAGGAUGAGGGGAGAAACGAAAGCAUAGGAAGGUUUAGGAAUCAAUACUGAGAUCGGAGGAAGCUUACCUGCGAGUUUGGGAGAGAGAGAGAGAGGAAGAACAACAACCCGCGUUUGAGUUUGCUUUUUCUUACCCGACCCGGAGCUUUUUAGGUUUGGUCCGAAAACAAAUCGAUUUGGCCAAUAACAUUUAUUUUUCUGGUUCAACAAAGCUAUAAAAUAAGCACUAAAGUAAAAAAAAAUGAUCAUCUUUUUUCCUAUAUAUUUUUUGAGAAGUAAGCUUUAUAUUAUAGCUAAAUUAUAUUUCAAA